GUAUCCGCCCAUAUACGCGUAAAGGAGGCCAGACGGAGUAGCUAGGCCGGGGACACUGGCUCAAAUGGAAAGUUCAAUCGAUUAAUUUGCUCACUUUUUCGCAUGUUCUCAUUUGCUUCUGAACCGACGACAGACAGACUUAAAUGCAGGAGUUUUGGUGAGAAAUAGGAAAUGCAGAGAUCGUGUGAAACGAGAGGAAUAUCAGCUUGACUCGGUCGCUACUUCGGACGCGGAACUCCACUCAGUAAAAGGUGAAUCAUGACAGAAUAUAAGCUGGUUGUUGUGGGAGCUGGUGGCGUUGGCAAAAGCGCACUUACUAUUCAGCUCAUCCAGAAUCACUUUGUGGAUGAAUAUGACCCCACCAUUGAGGACUCUUACAGAAAGCAGGUAGUUAUCGAUGGAGAGACAUGUCUACUGGACAUCCUGGACACAGCAGGUCAGGAGGAGUACAGCGCCAUGAGGGAUCAGUACAUGAGGACAGGGGAGGGCUUCCUCUGUGUCUUUGCCAUCAACAACACCAAGUCCUUUGAAGACAUUCACCACUAUAGAGAACAGAUUAAGCGGGUGAAGGAUUCCGAGGAUGUCCCCAUGGUGUUGGUGGGGAACAAGUGUGACCUCCCGUCCCGGACAGUGGACACAAAGCAGGCUCAGGACUUAGCACGCAGCUACGGCAUUCCCUUUAUUGAGACCUCAGCCAAAACCAGACAGAGAGUGGAAGAUGCCUUUUACACUCUGGUACGGGAGAUCAGGCUGUACCGGGUCAAUAAGCUCAGCAAGGAAGAAAAGACUCCGCGCUGUGUCAAGCUUAAAAAGUGUGUUGUGAUGUGAAGGGGGCGUUGAUGAUGCCUUUUACACAUUAGUGCGAGAAAUCCGGAAGCAUAAGGAGAAGAUGAGCAAGGAGGGCAAAAAGAAGAAAAAGAAGUCCAAGACAAAGUGUACACUUAUGUGAAUAAUGAUUCCCUUUUAAGACAAAAAAGCAACUAUGUUGAACAGUUCAAGUAAUACAUUUUGUACAUUACACUAAAUUAUUAGCCUAUUUCUCGAUACCCACAAUACUAAACCUGAACUGAAUUUUCCACCUUUUUCUUAUUUGCUUUUUUUGGACACCAAUAAGCUUCGUUUUCAGUUUAGUGCCAGUUGCCCACAAUAUGGGUUCAAGAGCCUGAUGAUUUAGAAUUUUUUUUUUUUUUUUUUUUUUUUUUUUUUUUAAAUGAUAAUGGUGAUUUGGAGCAUUUUUUUUGGAGCUGGGGGCCAAUUGCCUUGCAAAUUGUGUUUAACAAAUUAUUCAUUAACAGCUUUUGAGUUAAUUUUCUCUUCCCUUGAAAGGUCAUGUUCUGUAAUGCCCUUUUUAAAUAUGGGAUGCCAAAGAAUGAAUUUUCAUCCCGCUCACGUAGACAAAACCGAUAGGAAGAAAUGACCAACAGUCAGCCAGAUGUCCCAGCCCCUGUGUACUGUCCCCAUCUCUAAUGACCUCUAGGUAAGACUUAGUUAUGUCACUGAUAAGUAUGCAUGCAAACUCCUACUCAUCUCUGAAUGUUUUAACACCUUGAUUAGUUAUUAAUUAAUUUGUAAUUUGUCUUUUCUUAGUACUGUGUGUUCUUGCCAUGAGGUGGGAGAUUUUUUUUUUUCUUCCCCUUUUUGCAUGAAUUAUGUCCUAGGAGACAUGGGUAUGCAAAUGCCUCUGGUUGAUAGAUUUAAAGGAGCCACCGAUAAAGAACUCUGACUCAGUUGGAGAUAAUACAGUCUAGUUUUUCAGGUUUAAUAAAACUAGUUAUUUGCUUUUGUUUGCUUCUGUGAGACAUAAAUCUGCCAUUUUUUUUUUUUUUUAAAGGAUUCUAAGAGAUGUAUAUGAUGAUUUUUAACCCAUUUUUGUCUUUAUAAAUGGGACUAGCAGCCACAUAUUAUGUGGGCCUUUUUGUGUUGCCUUUUUCAACUUUGGUUAAAAAUGUCCUGCUUUUCUUUAUGCUUAGGUUUGACUGUAGGAUUGUUUUGAUUCAUCCUGAAGGAAAAAAAAAAAUCAUUUCAUCAAUAUGUUACAAAACAGCUGUCAACAGCUGUCCUCCUUCGAGGGGGCUUCAUAUUUGAGCAGAAUGUUUUAGUUCACUGCAAAAUUAGAGAUUUUUUCCAGCAGCAGGAUAUAGAGGCCACAGAGGUGUCCUGCGCACUAACUUGUUUGCUUGCGAGAGGCUAGAAAGCAGAACAAAUCCUUUAAGCAGCUGUCAACAAUAUUUGUCUUGGUGUGGAGUCAGAGGUUGUUCAAAAUGUUGUCCAAAUAGAUUUUCAGAUUCUUUGUCUUGCUUUUGGAAGAGGUUGUUUUUUUUUUGUUUUUUUUGGUGACUCAUUUGCUGGAGUGUUGAAAUUGUUUUCUGGCCUGCCUUUCAACAGAAAUGAUUGUCCAGCAAAAUAAUUUGUCAUUUUUCUCUCAUAAAAUGUGUUUAUCGUGGCAAUGUAACUGGAACGGAUGUUUGUAAAUGAGGCAAUAAUUGCCAUAAAAUUGGUUCUUAGAUGAAAUCGUCUGACUUUAUUAAAAACAUUUUUUUUAAAGUCCUGUUUCCUUCUAGGGCAACCUCUAUUUCACCCCUUUCCAUUGUAUUUAAAAAUUGCUCAUUUGGGGUUUUAUUAUUUGCCUUUUAUCUUUGUAUUAGGUGCUACAUUUAGACAUUGGAAAAAGCCGAAACCACAUUUAUUUUGUCCUAAAUGUACUCUAGGAAUGCACAAAAUGCUGUUCUAGGGGAGCAUUGUUACUCACACAGAAAAUCCAGAAGUGAUAUGUUUUGCUUUCAGGAUUAAUGGAUUUUGACCCAGUUUAUUAUUACCUCUUUAUUUUAUUUUUUUCAUGAAGUAGAUGAUGACUGUUGAUGCAGUUUUAAUUAAUGAACCCUCCUCUCAACAAUACUGUUUCAAAAGUAGUUUUACUGUAAUGUUUGAAAUGUUCCUCUUCCUUUUAUUGGGUGCCAACAGCUGAUUUCUGAAAUGUAUCAUUUAUACCUGGAUCGUAUUUUAACAACCUUUGUAUAGUUGUGAUAAUGAGAGGUGCAUAUUUUGUAAAUUGUGCUUCAUUUCAUUUGUGUCUACAUGAAUGUUGCUUUAACGGAGUUUCACUCCGCUCUCUGUAUGUGACCAGCGAGUGCGACUGGGUCCAGGGCUAGGGAAGUGAAUGAAUGACCACUUUACAUCAUACCUGUGGUGGGCAGUGUAGAGUGGUGAUCUAAUAUCAAAUGAGUCUAUUUUGCCAUAAAUCUUCACCACUCCUAUUUAAUGUGUAAUAAAGAACAAAGUAAAGAGGAA